AUGGCAGAAUUACACAAGGCGUUACAGGCCCUUGCACCGGCCGAUUUCGCCGAAGUGCCGUCGAAUCCGGAGGAUCUCGACGCCUACCUGAGUGAUAUAUUCGAGCAAACACAGCUGAUCCUAGAUUCAAUACCCAUCGCCAGUCCCGAUGAAGCCUCUCUACAACGCGCAAAGCCUGGCACGUCCCCCUCUGCCGCUUCAAGCGCCUCCGAAAUGCUCACGUCCGGGGCCCGCAGCGAACCACCUGCGGCCGAUCGUUUGGCUCUUCAGAAGGAGUGGGGCAAGCCGAUAAAGCUGGGUCAGAAAGAGAAUACUCUUGGGAUGUCUGUGUAUAAAGCCAGCGGCAAGGACAGUCGUGGUGCAUGGUUUGCGAGACGCAGUGUUCAUGAAGGCUUAGGCUUCAACAGGUUCAAGAAGGCUUUUGAGGCGGAAUUUCCCACUUCACUGGCAGUACAAGGUAACCCUGGCGAGGGCAACAUUCGUGGCAUUGGCGCAGAAACGCGGGUGGAAGAUAUCACAGCCCCAAGCCAGGGCAAGGUGGAGGUUUACAGACUCAGCGCCCAGUUUCCAGGCCCGACUACCCCGCGAGAUUUCGUAACGCUUCUUCUGACCUCUCCGAAGGCGUUGAAGCCACAGAAAGAAGGCCAGCUAGUACCACGGCACUAUAUGAUUGUAUCUAAGCCAUGCAAUCACCCGGAAACGCAGCCCAGAGAUGGUUUCAUCCGGGGCCAGUACGAGUCAGUCGAAUUCAUUCGCGAGAUACCUCGAAGACUGAAGACUUCUACCUCGUCGACGGACUUGAGCCACAUAGCGCACAGACAUGGCCAUAACCUCGAGCAGGAUGUUCUCAUCCACAAUGCGGAGAAGUACGGCCACCUGAACCCUGGCGAUGAGGACAAAGCCAGCCGUGGAAACUCUCGAGACCCCUCACCUGCUGCACGAAAAAGAAGUCACACUGUGGCAGAUCCGGUACCAUCAUCGUCCCAGCGAGCGAGCGGUGACGGGUACGACCCCGAGGACAAUCCCGUGGAGUGGAUCAUGGUAACGAGAAGUGAUCCUGGUGGCUCGGUUCCUCGAUUCAUGGUUGAACGAGGGACACCCUCGAGUAUAUGUGCGGACGCGGUCAAAUUCUUAGACUGGGCCUGCAAACUAGACGAGUCUGCUGUCGAUAGCCCAGACACACCUACAAAGCCUCCGACAGCCUUCCGGAGAGAGAGUUUCACGAGCUUUGCGAGUAGAGAAAAGUUUCCAGAUGUUGACGAAGACAACGACAGCAAAGGGCAGCUCAGCGCCCAAGGUAUACCACAGGCUACACUAACAGAUGCGACUCCCACGACGCCAAACAUGCCUCAACAACAGUCAGGUGUAUUCGCAUCUGUCGCAGGCGCCUUCUCAACUUACGCUCCCCAGUCAGUGCUCAAUCAUUUCCCAGCAAGCACUGAGCAACAGCCAAGCUCCGAUCCAACAACCCAGGCAACGUUCAAGCAACCGUUGGGUGUUGAUGUGGACGAUAACGAUGCCGCAUCUACGAUUUCCAGCACCUCGUUUGCUUCAGCCGACUCACAUCUUUCUCGCGAACUAUCUCCUGACUCGCCCACCGCAUCGUUUGUGUCUCAAACUUCAGGCAACAAGCCGCAGACGGCGCACGAGAAAGAACUCGCCAAGCUCGCUCAGCGUCGCAGUACCCUGGAAGCCAAGCACGCCGCCACAAAAGCCAAACUCCAAAGCCAGACGACCACCACCUCAGCCAAGGAAGCCGCCGCGCUGAAGAAAGCCGAGGAAAAGCACGAAAAGGAACUCAGGAAGCACGAGGAGCGGUACAAGCGCGAGCUCGAGAAGCUCGAGCAGCGCAAGGUCAAGGAGGACAAGAAAGCCGAAGCGCGCAAGAAGCGACAGGGGGAAAAGGACGAGAAGGACAAGCUGCGCAACGAGCGCGACGAGCUCAAGGAGAAGCUCGAGGUCCUGGAGCGCGAGGCCGAGCUGUGGCGCGCACAGGUCGGCGAUCUGCAGAAGCAGAACACCAAUCUGAUGGCCCGCAUCGGGCGGCUGGAGGCUGGCAGCGGCGGCGGCGGCGACGCACGCAGCGAGGGCUCCGGCCGCAGCCACACGGAGCCGAUCGAGGGCGAGCAGAGCCGGUCCUCGACGCCCACCCCCGCGGGCCUGGCGCCGCGGGCAGCAAUGGGCGAAACGGAGAAGCGAAGUCACAGCGACGAAAACCUCAAGCGCUUCUCGUCGCGCGUGCGCACCAUGACGCUCAACAGUCUGGGCAUGGGCGACAAGGCGGAUGCUGGUGAGGCCGCCGGUGGGAGUGGUGGAGGUAGUCAGAACCGCAGCAGGAGCAGCAGUCUAUUCCGAAAGAAAAAUCACCUGGCGACAGAGGGGGCUCCGCCGGAGAAAGGCAUGGCGAUGGCGGCGAGCGGUUCGGAGAAGGCGAGCUUGAGGAGUGAGGGCAGUGAGAAGAGUCGUGCGUCUUAG